AUGGCACCAGCGAAGGUGUACGGUGACAACAACUUCCAUGACCAUGCCGAAGCCUCACAGCACGUAAUGCACAUCCGGAAGCUGAGAAAUGGAGAUGAUCUGAAGAUCGAGCUGGAACCGGUAUGGUUUCAGCUGGAAUCUGCGGAACUUCCGUCGGUCAGCGAUAACCAACAAGUGAAACGGCAAACGCUCAUGGAAACUAGACGACCGUACAAGAUCUACUCCCAUUUGGAGAACCUCCAGAACCAGCAGAAGCAGAAGGGAAACCGGCUGAAGCAGAAUCGUGCCGAGCCAGAGGCCGAAAGCGUUGAGUCGGCCGAGCAACGAUCAAGCUUGAGGAUCAGGAAGAAGACUUCAGUUGAGGAGCGAUUCGAUGAUCUCGAGCUACCGGGUUGCUUCCGGAAGUUUCUGCAAGAAAUGGAAGAUCGGAACCAUGAGGGAGUCCGUCGGUUGAUGCGCUGUCUAGCCCAGCAGCAGGCACGAUCGCGCGAUGGUGAUCGUAAGAAGCCGCGACCUGCGCGACAAUUCAAGGACAGUGGCGAUGCGUCCAACGAUGAACCGCGAUCGCGUCCUUACAGACGGAAGGUGGCUCGCCGAACAAAGAAUGAUGCUAAUCACAACGCAGCACCAUCGUCGAACGAAGGCGCGGAGAGUGAGUUAAUGUUUCAGAAGCAGUACAUUCGCUCGGAAAAUAAUGAUGGCGAUGAGGGCCAGUUGUUCGAGACAGGUCAACGGAAGAGUGGUGAAGACAGUGGUGAAGCUUCCGAUGAUUCCGCAAAUGAAAACGCCAGCAGCACAGAUUCCGACGAGGAAGAUUUUGAUGUGAAAUCUACCGAGGCUGAGAACGAUCAGGAAGUGCGUCGGUAUGCUAGCAACGAGGGAAAGGUUCCUUAUCGAAGACCAAUGAAGAAACUGAGCGCAAAUACCCAAAGUCAGAGCACGGAAGAAGUGGACGAUAAGAGCAGUAGCAGUGAAGAAAGCCAGGCAGAAUCGGAUGAGCACUAUUGAUGGAUGGAUUGUUGAUCGUUGAUGUGUUCCAGCUUGUUUAGUGGCGUUAAAUUAUUUUGGCCAUAAUUAAUAAAUGUGUAAAAUGUUAUAACUA